CCCACUAAAAGUCACUUGACGUUUGUUAUACUUUUAGGUUAAGUAAACUAAUUGUCAUAUGACAGUUGUUUGAUUACUCAUAAAGUAGGUUAAGUUCAAAUGUAUUAUUUAUUUUUAUUUAUUUGUUAAAUUAUGUCCGAACGAGACUAUGCCCCGCUCAGCGUGGCCUGCGUCCGUGCGCUGCACGACAAAAUUUACGAAAAGAGAAAAACCGCCGCACUAGAAAUCGAAAAAAUGGUCAAGGAAUUUUCCAGUUCGAACAACGGCGGUCAAAUUAAAAAACUACUCAAAGUACUAGGCCAAGACUUCGCCGUAUCGCAAAAUCCCCAUGCAAGGAAAGGCGGACUUAUUGGACUUGCAGCCAUCGCAAUUGCGUUAGGAAAAGAUACUGGUAUUUAUACUGAUGAAUUAAUCAAACCAAUAUUGGGUUGUCUGUCUGAUCAGGACCUCCGCGUUCGUUAUUACGCAUGUGAAUCCUUGUAUAAUGUAGUUAAAGUGUCCCGAGGGGCUGUAUUAUCCCACUUCUCCUCAAUAUUUAAUGCCUUAAGUAAAAUUGCUACUGACCCAGAUCAGAAUGUAAAAAAUGCUUCUGAGUUGCUUGAUAGGUUACUAAAGGAUAUUGUCGUCGAAAGUACGUUUGAUUUAGACGGAUUUAUACCACUGUUACGCGAAAGAAUAUACACCCAAAACUCAUUUGCCAGACAGUUUGUGAUCUCAUGGAUAUCGAUACUUAACACAGAACCUGGUCUGGAUUUAAUAGUCUAUUUGCCUGAUAUUCUGGAUGGUUUAUUUAUAAUACUGGAUGAUCCCAAGUUGGAAGUGAGAAAAAUGUGUGAAACUACUUUGGGCGAAUUUCUGAGGUGCAUUAAAAGUGAUCCUACUAGGGUAAAUUUUUCAGGGAUGAUCAACAUUCUUAAUAAACACGCUCAGGAGAAAAGUGAUCUGGUGCAAUUUACAGCCAUAACGUGGAUAAAAGAAUUCGUACAACUCUCGGGUCCGGCUAUGUUGCCUUACUUGUCCGGAAUAUUCACCGCGAUUUUACCAUGCCUGGCCUACGACACGGACGCCCGGAGAAUGACAGACAUAAAGGAGACGGCAACAGCUGUUAAUUACACGCUGAUGAAGCUGAUCGCCUUGCAACAGGAGGUGGAGGAAUCGACGGAGCUGAGACCAGGAACUGCGGACGAGGUGUACCAAGAGUUGGACUUACCCCCAGUUGUAGAGGUUUUGACUCAGUAUUUAAUGCACAGCUCAAUUCAGACCAAAGUUGCUGUUUUAAAAUGGAUUCAUGAUCUGUAUAUGAAGUUCCCAUUAAAGAUGGUGAAACACAUAGACGUGCUGUUCCCCGCUCUGCAACGCACGUUGGCAGACGAGGCCGACCAGGUGGUGCAGCAAUGUCUGGUGGUGAUCGCCGAGGUCAUAUCUUCUCCCGUACCAUCCGGCGACAACGACAAGGAGAAGCAGCCCUGCAACUCUAGUCCGUACUACAACAAAUUCGUCAUAAGCCUGUUGCAGUCGUUCAACAGCGACAAAAGACUGUUGGACGAGAGGGGUUCGUUUAUAAUCCGACAGUUGUGCGUGUUGCUCAAUGCGGAGGACAUCUACAGGACUUUGGCGCACAUUUUGUUGCAAGAGUCGGACUUGAAGUUCGCCAGGUUGAUGGUGGAACAUCUCAGCAUGAUACUGUUGACGUCUUCUGAACUCUUCGAUAUGCGGAACAAACUCAAGGAGCUGAAGACGCAGGAGAGCCAGGCCUUAUUUUGUUGCCUUUACAGGACGUGGUGUCACAAUCCCAUAGCCACUGUGGCCUUGUGUUUGUUGACUCAAAAUUACAAACAUGUUUGUGAUUUGAUUAAGUUAUUUGGAAAUUUGGAAGUAACUGUGGAUUUCCUCAUGGAAAUUGAUAAGCUAGUACAGUUAAUAGAGUCUCCAAUAUUUGCCUAUCUGAGACUUGAACUGCUUGAAGUACCUUGUGAUAAAAACUUAGUGCGAGCCCUAUACGGUUUGCUAAUGUUGUUGCCCCAAACGGAAGCUUUUACAACGUUAAAGACACGUUUGAGCUGCAUUCCCAGUUUGCACUUGCACAAUGAAGAAAUGGCUACUACUCCUCAGAAACAAACGGCAAGCAACUCCAUAGAUUUUAAUAGUUUACUUAACCAUUUCUUCGAAGUCCAAGAACGACACAAACAGUAUAAAAAAUCAAUACGCGCCAAAGAGAUAUUGUCUUUAGAGAAAGACGCUAGCAAUAUUAAGAUAUAGAUCUUGUAUAUUUAUAAAUAUAUUAAUCACAUUCCUAA